CCCGGCAGAGAUGGCGCUGGAGACUGUACCCAAAGAUCUGAGGCAUCUGAGGGCUUGUUUGUUAUGCUCGUUAGUGAAGACAAUUGACCAGUUUGAGUAUGAUGGCUGUGACAAUUGCGAUGCCUAUCUACAGAUGAAGGGAAAUCGGGAGAUGGUUUAUGAUUGCACAAGUUCGUCGUUUGAUGGGAUUGUGGCAAUGAUGAGUCCAGAUGACAGCUGGGUAUCCAAGUGGCAGAGAAUAACAAAUUUCAAGCCAGGAGUGUAUGCAGUGUCUGUCACAGGGCGUCUUCCACAAGGCAUUGUAAGAGAGCUAAAGAGCCGUGGUGUGCUUUACAAAUCCAGAGACACUGCCAUCAAGACGUGACUCAGAGAGGGUCUAAAGCAGAGAUUGGGUCGAAGUCUACGUCUUGUCUUCCGUUGGUUUUAUCUUCCUGUUGUGUUGCUGAAGCUGUGGUUUCACUGUUUCUGGGGGAAGGGCGGUGGCACUGAGCUGCCACACUUAUAUAUUUGUCCUCUUUUCUGUUCUUUACAGACACUUAACCUUGUGACUUGGGGAGGGUAUUAAGAGGGUUAUUAGAUGUACAAAUAAAAUAAACCUGUGCUUUUCCAAA